CCGCAAGCCGAGCCGCAGCGCCCGUGUCCGUCCGUCCGUCAUCGGCCUCCUUAUUAUUAUUAAAAUACCUGGGGUGGGCAGCACAUAUAACCGGCCAUAAAUAGAGAUCCUUAAAAAAAACCCAGACAUAACAUUACAGAAUAAAACAACCGAUAUUAUUAUCAUUGAUGUUGUUAUAAAAGCUGUCUCGGAAUACCCAGUUAUUGCAUUUUAUUAUAUAUUAAGCCUGUAAACAUCCCGGUAGCCGUUGUACAAAGGCUGAUUUGGGCAUUGCUGAAUCUGCUAAGCGGAAUCAGCUUACGGGCAAACGGUGAGUUGUACUGGAAGCAUCUAAAGCCGCGUUGAAGGUCUAAUGCUUUUAAAAUCUUUCGUACCCUAAUUACACAUUUUGUUUUUCGUUUCCCCCCCCGAAACACAUUUUAUUUCGUAUGCUUCAUUGUUUCAGUUCAGUCCAGUAUUACUGAUAUGUGUUUACAAGUAAACAGUCUUGCGAAAGAAAAAUAAUAAUAAUUCUUAAUAACAUCGUUAUUAUUAAUUAUAACAAUAAUAAACGUAAGACUCAAAUCCAAGACAGGAAGUGAUGAAACUGACUUCCUGUCUCCUGGAGUGACACCUCUGGACUGGAGCUUGUUUAUAAACACAUGAGUCAUGUAGCGCACUUGCUGGUGGUGGACAUUUGGUGACUGUGGUGAUCAGUUUCCAGACACGGCACUAGAAAGGAGCCUGAUACAUGGGGCUGGAUUUUAUUAAAAGGACAUGUAACCUUGGAUGUGUUACUGUCUGCUGUAAGUAUAUAUUUGGAUAUGUCAGGAUGUGUUACUAUGUGCUGUCUGGAUAUGUGUGGAUAUGUCUGGAUAUGUCAGGAUAUGUCAGGAUGUGUUAGGAUGUGUUACUAUGUGCUAUCAGUAUAUGUCAGGAUGUGUUACUAUGUGCUAUCAGGAUAUGUCAGGAUAUGCCAGGAUGUGUUACUAUGUGCUAUCAGCAUAUGUCAGGAUAUGUCAGGAUGUGUUACUAUGUGCUGUCAGGAUGUGUUACUAUGUGCUGUCAGGAUGUGUUACUAUGUGCUGUCAGGAUGUAUUGCUAUGUGCUAUCAGGAUAUGUCAGGAUGUGUUACUAUGUGCUGUCUGGAUAUGUCAGGAUAUGUCAGGAUGUGUUACUAUAUGCUGUCUGGAUAUGUCAGGAUAUGUCAGGAUGUGUUACUAUGUGCUAUCAGGAUAUGUCAGGAUGUGUUACUAUGUGCUGUCUGGAUAUGUCAGGAUGUGUUACUAUGUGCUAUCAGGAUAUGUCAGGAUGUGUUACUAUGUGCUGUCAGGAUAUGUCAGGAUGUGUUACUAUGUGCUGUCAGGAUAUGUCAGGAUGUGUUACUAUGUGCUGUCUGGAUAUGUCAGGAUAUGUCAGGAUGUGCUAUCAGGAUAUGUCAGGAUGUGUUACUAUGUGCUGUCAGGAUAUGUCAGGAUGUGUUACUAUGUGCUGUCUGGAUAUGUCAGGAUAUGUCAGGAUGUGUUGCUAUGUGCUGUCAGGAUGUGUUGCUAUGUGCUAUCAGGAUAUGUCAGGAUGUAUUGCUAUGUGCUGUCAGGAUAUGUCAGGAUGUGUUACUAUGUGCUAUCAGGAUAUGUCAGGAUGUGUUACUAUGUGCUGUCAGGAUGUAUUGCUAUGUGCUAUCAGGAUAUGUCAGGAUGUAUUGCUAUGUGCUGUCAGGAUGUGUUGCUAUGUGCUGUUUGGACGCAUCCUUAUGAGAUGUCAGGAUAUGUUAAGGCAUUUCAGGGCAUCUGUUUAUGGUCUGUCAGGAUGUAUUAGAUGCAGUGUGAAGUGUCAGUAUGUGUUCUGGAAUCUUGACAGAUUUAGCUGAUCUAAGGCCAUUUUUAAAAUGCAUAAUUUCUUAUCAGACUAACAAUAUAUCAAGCAACCAGUUGCACUCUUUUGUUAUGGACCAGCAAAUGUUAUGAAUAAUUUUUGCAUAAAAUCUGUGCCUGAGGUAUCCCAGCCCAUACAUUUUCAAGUGUCUUCAUUCAUUGGAGCUCACAUUAAGGAAUCGCCUUCAGGCAGAUAAUAGGACCCACCUGGGAUGUGUACAAGGGUGAGGUCUUAGGGGCAUUGGUCCCAGCGGAAGGCUGAUUGGCCCCCAGAGUGCCCCCUCCUCUGUCACUCACAGAUUCCGAACAUAUCAUUGGCUAAUGAUAGUUUGCCCCUCUGGAUGUAUUAUGGCCUCUUUUAUAGCCCCCCAAAAAAUGCUAAAUUACCUCUGGAAUCUUUUCAGUCUUGGGGGUUCAGUUUCGAAUGGACACUGUUUGGUACAGGGUCUGGUGCAGAACUGAUGUCAUGAUGGUGCUUCCUAAUGAAAAAAUGCCCACUGAGGACCUGCAUUC